AUGGCCCUGGGCGAGCACGAGCUUCUUGCAGCAGACGGCCCUCGGCUCCGCGCAGCGCUUCAGGGGCUUUCCAGCCAGAUGGAUGAUGUCUGCAAGGCAGUCGGGGUCCUCCAAUCCAAGCUCAAGGAGGAGACCCGCACAGUUGGAGGCCUCCCUGUUCUGGCUGCAAAAAACAUCAUUCUUGCCAAGUACCUUCAUGCACUGGCCGCAUUUACCGAGGAAAAGGUCUCCGGGACGCUUUUACUCGACAAGAUCUCUCCCUGUGUCGCGGAAGCUAUAGAAACAAGAGUCCUGUAUGACAAAGCGCUUAUUCUCGAGAAGAGGCUCAGUCGCCAGAUAGCCUCCAUGCUACAGAACGUUGUCAACGACAUGGCUGCCACGGUGCACAGGGCCCCCAUAGAGAGGGAGGCGGCCAUCGACGACCUACUAUCAGACUCGGACCGAAGCAACAGCCACGAGGAGCCACUUGAUGAAAUGGUGGAGCGUAAGCAGCGGCAAUCUCAGGAAGAGAAAGAAGCGGUCUCCAACUCGAAGUUCCGCAAGAAGCGUGACAUGGACGCAGGACCAGAUGGCCCGUCUGCGCAACAGCUGCGAGACGCCGCCAUCUCAACUCGCAGACUGGUCAAGCAAGGAGUUGUUUUGGAUCUUCUUGACUACUACGAGGGAAGGCCCUCCGAGGAGCGAGCCGGACAUGGCCGGACCACCAUUGAUCGUGAAUUAGACGAGUAUGAGAUGGAGAACUACAGGCGUGUCUCAAGUGGAAAACGGCGUGAGCUAGAGAAGAAGGCCCGGGCAGCCGAGGACGCUACUGAGAAUUUACUAGACAGCACGCUUGCUAACGACGUGAUACGAAUGGGAAAGCACCUAGACUAUGCCCGCUCCAAUAUUGAGGAUACGCAGAGCAAGCUAGAUAAGCUGGUGGACUCGACCACCAGGAAGGCAGACCGUGAUUCCAAACGAAAGAGAAAAGCCUAA